AGUGGGGGGUCAGGUAAGCAGGAUUUUGCUAGAGAUAUUGAAAGUGAUAACUCUAUUGGAUCAAGCUUUUUCCUCUUAUGAGUGAUUAAUUAUUGCAUUGGUAUUUUGUGUUAAACCCGUCAAGUUGGGUCGAAGACCCUUUUUACCAGGAUGUCUUCUCCAAGUGCUGGUAAAAGAAGAAUGGACACAGAUGUUAUAAAACUAAUAGAGAGCAAACAUGAAGUCACAAUAUUGGGUGGGCUCAACGAGUUUUGUGUCAAGUUUUAUGGACCAAGUGGAACUCCCUAUGAAGGAGGCAUAUGGAAGGUUCGAGUACAUCUGCCGGAGCACUACCCCUUCAAGUCACCUUCAAUAGGCUUCAUGAAUAAAGUCUACCACCCCAACAUAGAUGAAGUCUCUGGGACAGUCUGUUUGGAUGUCAUCAAUCAAGCUUGGACAGCUCUAUAUGACUUGUCCAACAUUUUUGAGUCGUUUCUACCCCAGCUGCUGACAUAUCCCAAUCCCAUUGAUCCCCUCAAUGGAGAUGCAGCUGCAAUGUACUUACACAAACCUGACGAGUACAAAAAGAAGGUUCAUGAGUAUGUCCGCAAGUAUGCCACAGAAGAAGCUCUCCGAGAGCAAGAACAGCAGGGCGUCUCAUCAGACAGUGAAUCUUCUAUGUCAGACUUCAGUGAAGAUGAAACCAAAGACAUGGAAUUAUAACACUGGACUUCACAUCUUGUACAUAUGCACCAUUUUCUCCUACAUUUUCUGGUUCGGUGUGGUAUUUAGAGUUGUGCUGCUUAAAGGAGUCGUUUACAGAACAAUGUAAAAAGCCUGGUAAUUUGUACACAUUCAUCUUUGAGUAUGAUUUUUUUAGUAGUUAUUUUAUUUGUAUAAAAUUAGGAAACUCGUGGAUCAAAUGGAUAUUGGAUUUUGCAAUCCGAAAUCCAAGUGAGAUUCAUUGGCCAUUAUUCUACAAAUAUUGACAGUUUGAAGGAGAGAUUUGUGUUAAGUGGAGUAAUAUCUGAAAAGAUUUUUUUUAGCCAAAGAAAUACGUAAUGGUUUUGUUUCUGUGUGUUUACAUCACAGAUUAAUGACAUUUUAUUUCAAAUAUGACUUUAACGGCAAAAGUUGUUGCUUUACUGAUUCAAAGAACUAAACCUUAAUAAUAGCAAUGUUCCUUUACAGUUGGCUCACAAGUGUUGAUUUAGAGUUUACAAGAAUACAUCAGGUUCCAUGAAAAAAUUGUUUUGUUAUAAAAUUGUAUCCGAGACCCGAAAAUUCUUUUUAGAUUACAAAAUUGUAUGACUUUUAGUUGUUAAGUAAUGUACUUGGUUUUUUUCAUUAUUAUCAGUUUUGCUCCUCUGGAAAUGUAAAGAAAUGUGUGCGGUACAAAUAAUUAAAAUUAAUUUCAUAACUCAGUUUAAGACUAAUUUUAAAUUGAAAUCGAAGUUAUCCUAUUUUAAAUUUUUUAAGUUUGUUUUGUGUUGUAAUAAACCAAAAAAGGACCAUCAGACAAAAAUAAAAGUGUGAAUUUAGUUAUUUGAUCUAAUUCUGACUUUCUGGACAUCUUUAAGGUUUGAAUUGUUAUGUAUACAAUUCAAUAGGUACAACUCUUUUGCUGAUACCUAUUACUCAAAGAUAUAUUAAUUUUGUUUCCAAGCUGUUCCAUGAUCCAGUUGAAUAACAAUAUGAUGGACUAGAUGUAAAGAUCCAGUCAGUGUUUAGUGUAGAUUUAGUUCUCAUGAUCUACUGUGAUAAGGCAAAACUCAACAGUAGUGGUCAUGUUUAUUUAAGUUUUAGGUUUGUUUUCUUUAAAAGUUAUAAGACAAGAGUAGGUCUAUUAAUUUCCAUUUGAGUAUUUGACGAUUUAUAUAAUGAUUAAUAUUCUAUUGCCAUAGUUUUAGUUCAGAUUUAUUUUGUUGAUUAUUUAUUAGUACUCAGUAAAAGUAAUUAUGUUGUAAGUGAAUUUAUUUUAUAUUCAAUCCUUAAUGAUUUAUUAGUAACGGUAAUUUUGAUCAAAUCAAUUGUUCAGUUGAUAAAUAACCAACCUCGGUAUUCUGCACAUUGUGUGUGCUGUGCUGUAAACAGCUAACACAUAGAUGCCAGACACUGAGAGUUAUAAAUAAGUAAAAUAUCAUAUUUAGGUCAACAUCUCAGGUGAAGCUGAAGGGAGGCUACUGUAAUCAGGCAACCAAGCAAACCGUUCAAAGGGUGGAUAAUUCUGCCAUUCUUGUUUCAAAAUUGAUUUGAAAGGUAAAUCCCAUACAUAACUUAAGAAUACCUUGCUCCAUUUACUAGUUUUAGUUCACAAGAACUAUGACUCCCCCAUAAGUAUAAUCGAUGAGUAAAGAACGGGAGAUUCACAACUCCAUGGUUUUUCUGGUCAGUUCUUAUCUUGUGGAUGCAGUGUCAUAUCUGUACUCAAAAUCACUUGAUAAAAGAGUUCAUCAAUCCAUUGUUCUAAGCCUGGUUUACUCCCGUGAUUGCCUUGACAUUACAGAGUUCCAUAAAUAACCUCAUCGUGCUUUUAUUAAUUAAAUCAUUGAACAGUUGCCAGGGCCGUACUUAGACCGGUUUUUCCAGACAUUUUUACCUGGGCCCGGCCCCAAACAUGUAAUUUAAGCAGAGGGGGGGGGGGGCAGCCUAAUAUCUUAAACCAGGGCCUGCCAAAGCUAGAUACGACCCCGACAGUUGCUCUGUAUUCCUAUGCUCAACAAUUUCCGCUCUAAUAAUCUCAAAUUUCUUUGUUGCUUAUUCACAACCUAGAACCAAGAUGCCAUUCUAAAACACCAGAUUUCAACUCAUCCGUAUCACUAUUGUUUUAAAAAUCCGUGUAAAAGUUACUUGAUACCUAAUCAAAUACAAUGUUAACGUUUCAGAAGAAAUCGUUUUUACAUUUUGCAAUGACUGGCUGUGGCUGUUAAGAUUUACAAACAAAGAUAUAUAAUUUAUUCAUAAUGUGCCUGCAUGAUUAAUUAAAUAACAUAAAUGAGGUUACUGACCUGUCAUCAAUCAACAAAAAAAUAGGAACAAUAGAAACGAUAGGAUUUAUUGACUACAGGUCAGUAAGGUAUAGUUAGUUGUCAAAGAUAUAAAUUUAAAUUUUGUAACCAGCAACUUAAAAUCCUGACUCCUGCAGCAGCAAUCAUCCUAAGUACUCAUAAAUCUAAUAUGAUAUAAAUAGGGAGUAAAUCUUGCCUGUUUAAGGAAAUAUUAUAGUGAAAAUCUAAUAAGGCAAAUUGCUUAGUCUGCAGGUUUACCUCUACUAUGACAAGGGAAUUUAAAUUUUAUAGGGUCUCAUUGUUUAUGCUCUAAAAUCUCCCACCAUUUAUAAAAAGAGAACCGCAUUAAAACAUUUCAGUUAAAAACUCCUUCAGCCACCUUGAAUCAUUGUUUCUCCUGACAAUGUUGACCAAUAAUGGCCAAUGCUAUUGUUAAUAUAUUUUUUCAUACUCGUCAAACUUUACUUUAGAUUGUAAAGUCAUAGUGACUAAACAAUUUUUCUUAUCAAUUUCGGUGUUCUCUGUUAUCAAAAUAUAAUUUAUUGCUAAGUCGGAAAGUUUAUUGUAAGUCGUAGCACUGAUAUCUCGUGCCAAUAUGUCGUAGCAAUAGUUGUUGAGAGCAGAUCACAGUCGUGUUGUAGUUGGCCUGAACCUGACCAAGUGCCUGCCUGUUUAAAUCCCCAGGCAAGAGUCACUGUAACUUCCCUUAACUGUAAACUUAUUGUCACCUUUAAUCCACAGAAGAAAUUUUAAUUUUCAUUACAAUAGUUCUACUCAAAGUCUCACCAAUAAUUACCUCUGUAGCAUAUCACAUAUUUUCGUAAGGUUGUCAAAUUGUGAACGUGAUAACUCUGUCCUAACUCGGGAGAGCAAUUAAAUACAAUGAGAGGUUAUGGGCAGUAGCUAAAUAAUUGAAUAUAACUAUGCUAAUAUUUUAUUUCUACACAAAUGAAUAACUUGAAUCACUGAGAAGUAUCAAAACAUAGAGGGCGUGUUAUGGUAGAAGCACAUAGAUCAUGAGUUGUGCUAUAGUUGAGAGUAAGAGAAGCGAUCUAAUGAAGCCUUGUGCUACAAGACAUCCAUGUUCUCAUUACACACUAAAUUCCUCGAGUAUGAGUCUUCCUUUUAUUCUGUUACUUCUCGGUGCUUUUGAGUAAUUUGAGUUAGUAUAUCAAUUAUCAAUGCCUGUAACCACUAAUCAAAACUUAAUGUUCAACACUUUCAAACUGAGUACACUAAACAGCACUUAAAAAUGUUAUCACACACUCACAAAAAUCAUAAUUUCUGAUAAAAUAUUGCUUUUUUCUUCAUAUCACAGAAGAGCUUUGAGUUUCUCUGUUUAAUUAGGCCAAUGUUCGAAUUUGACUGCUUCAUUCUAUGUUAUAGCUUUUCAUUCAUCUAAGGAAACAUUUUGUAGAUAUUUGUUAUGUUAUUGUAUUUUUUAUUAAGAGUUUGUUAUAACAUACUUAAUUGUUUGUAUCUCAAUAAAGCACCUCUAACUAGUUGAUAAGUAUGAUUACUUAAGUUUUUUUAUAAUCAAACCAUUUAACAUUUUGGUUAUUUGACAGUUUUAAAUGCAUAUGUAUUAUCAUUUUCACAGUAAUAAUAAUUCGUAAAGAAACACAAAUUUCAAAGAAAAAGUGUGAACUAACAAUGUUAAUAAUAAUUCGUAAAGAAACACAUAUUUCAAAGAAAAAGUGUGAACUAACAAUGUUUAUUGCUUAAGUAUUGAGAUUCUAUUACACCAGUUUAAAAUCAUGGUCAACGAUUUCUCUGGUAAAAAUAAAUAACUCAUUCUUGUAAUGGCAUGUGUAGCAUUUGGUUAAAUCUGUAUAUCAUAGGCCUACUAAAUGCCCAGCAAAGCAAUAAUAUUGUUUGUGUUAAUUCUAGAUCUAAUAUUGUUUGCAGUGUUUAAUUAAAGAAGAUUACUUUUCAGUAAGUUGCCAUCUGGUUUCAGUUUCUGUCCAAUCACUAAUAAUCCCAUAACGGGAACAAAGUAUUGUAAUUCUGAUUGAUUGAUAACACUUUAUCGCAAAUAAUUUUGUUUCUCUUAAGUGAUUCUUUGUUCAAGUCGAUAACAAAAAUUAAUUCAAAAUGUAUGCUUUAAUCCAUAAAAUAGAUAAGGGACAUAUUUGUUCAAUAAAUAUUGUUUAACUUUAAUGUCUGACAGCUCAGCAAUUAAAAAGGUUAAAGUUCUUGAUACAUUUUUUGUGUGUGUAUUGACUUUAUUGUAAUAUUAGUCACAUCAUUGAUAUUAUUUAUACUGUAUUAAAGGUACAGUAUGCCAAACGUCUGUUUAUUCAAACCAAAAUCAUAAUUUAUUUCUGCUUUACUUGUAAAAGGUUGAUCAGCUUAAAAACAGAAUUUGAAAUUACAUCAAAAAUUUGUGGCUCUCUAUGAUAGCUUAAUUUUUCUACAUACAGUUAUGUUCAAGAACUCACAUUUUGAAUGUAAUCUUUCUGGUUGCCAAAUUAACCAUGCGUAAGCAAUAAAAAUAUCGUAGGCUAUUAUUUAUGGUUGACGGCUAACUGUCAUAAGGAGGUUAUUACGUGACUGUAUCGUACAUUAUUACAGCUCGACACCAAGUAAAAGUUUACCCUGUGAGUUAACAGGAAUCUAUAGCAAUGCUAUAGAUAGCCCAUGUAAAUGCAUUGUUUUAAAAUUGUCAAGCAUUAUGUAAACUAUGAAAUUUUUAAUAAAAUAUUCCAUAGCCCUACAAUAAACGUCUGAAUUAAUUUCUCUAUUGUACCACUUUUACACAGAAUUUUCUACUAAUAUUUUAGAUACUGGAUUCCUGAUUAUUCUUAUCUGUAGACUAAUGCUUUUAUAAACCAACUUCCAGAUAUUUAAAUAUGGAUGGCAUGGAUCAGUCAUCCAACAAUUUUGGUGUUGUAAUUUUUUAAUGGAGUGCAUUUAUAUGGCUUGAUAUGAUAAAGAGUACUUUAACAAACAGUAUUACUUUUAAAUAAAUCGAGGUUUGUACUCUUUCGACUACAUUUAAUUCCAUAGACAUAAAUUAGACUUCAACAUUGAACCAAAUUUUCUGUAAUCCAAGUAAAUAGACUAUAUUUGGGCACACAAACUGAGCUGAAGGCAUUAAAAUUUACUUUAUAUGUUCCUUAGCCUAUCAAGUGAGUAAAAAAAAAAAACUAUAACUUGAUCUUAGGGUGGCAAUGUAUGUAAAAGACAUGAAAUAAACUUGCUUAGUUAAUAAUAACAUGAAUGACAAAUUUGCUCAAAAACACUCAAUAUUUUAACUAAAAAAGGACAUCACAGAUUGAGAACUAUCAAAUAGUGGCUACCUCACAAAGAAGAAAUUAUUACCACUGAUGUGUAGUAAAUCUUUGCAAUAUUUUUGGGCUUAUGUAGGAUUAAUAAUGCUACACUAUAAAAUUUAUGGCUUGCUAUUUUUAGACAACAGUUGCAUUUGGAUAAAAAUGCAUCAUUUUCUUUUAAGGCUGACUACUAGAAAUAUAUAACUAUUAUGCUGCUCCCAACCAUCCACAAAGUUUUUAAUCUGUCCACAGCAUAAAUAACAGUGGACAUUUCAAAGUGCUUUCUAUUUUCUGAUGAUAGUAAUCAUUUCAUUUCCUCAUCGUGCCCAAAUCAUUGCAUUGAUUUUACACACAUAAGCAAUAAAAAAAAUGCUUUUCUGGUUCAUAUUUAUUUUGCUGAAUACAGUGCCAGCUAUAUUAUUUAUUUAUGCUCUCUGCAACAAGGCUGAAACAUAAAGUUAUUUAAUAGUAAAAUAAUGCACUAUUAGACACUGACAAUAAUAUGCACUUUAAUGAAACAACAAUGACACCACUAACUAGGUUGACCACACACUAGACAGUUGAGGCGAGACGGGGUGGAAAGUCACCCUUUGUCAAAGAGUGGAAACAGUCAUAUAUUUUGUUUUGUAGACUCUGUGCAUGUGUGAAUUCACAGGACAUCUACUAUUCUGUACUUAGUCCAAAUAAUUUCAAAAUUAAACUUGGAUUACGGUUUUGUAUAAAACACAAAGUUAACACUUUUUUAAUUAAAUGUGUCAAGUGUCUUAACAUCUAGUUUAAAAACAAUAUAUUAUCAUGUACACCAUGUUUACAUGAGGAGACCCCGCUCCAACACCAUACUUAUGUAAAGUCUCUCCUCCAAGCUAUGUUUAUCUAUUCAAUCUUAUUUUGUAAUUGCUCAAGUUCAAAUUCAAAUGUUGAAGCUGACUGACCCAAAGUAAUUGAUAAUCUAACCGGACCUGACCAUAGCUAAGUAAAUGUCAGUCAAUCUCCUGUUCACACAUUGCAAAACCACACUCGCAACCAUUGACGUAAAACAGUGUUUUUGUUUUUAUCAAUACAAACCACGCCCCAACUUUGGUGCAUUGACUUGCCUUCUACACUAUAUAUGUGUCCGAUCUGCGACAAGGCAAGUCGAGCAGCCAGCCUCACUUUGCCUUGACUGUUACAGUGUGUGGCUGGCCUAAACUAUGCAAAGAAAUACAAAAAUACUCUUAGUAUUGUGAACUAAUUAAUAUUUCUGUUGCUAGAUUGCUUAGGCAAUGAUAUAUUUGCACCCCCUUCAGUUUCCUGUUGUAUGUUCUACAGCAUACUUUGUAAAAUUUAAAGUUUGUUUUCAAUCUUUUCCACAGUCCAGAGGAAACGUUUCCUCCCUCUAAAGAUUAGAGGUUGGGCUACAACACAAGGCAGCAAAGUAAAACUUUUGGAUAUGACUUGAACAUAGCCAUCGUACAUGUGCUAAUUUGCAGAUGAAAAUCUUAAGAUUUCCCAGCACUUGAAAAAACAUCCAAUUUUCCUUGAAUGUGUUUUCUAGACGCGAUAUGAUAAGCCACAAGAUAACACGGAGAUGACAAAUUAAUAGCCAUCGUGAAUGAUUCAUCAGAAAGUGUCGUAGAUGAUACAAAAUAAGCCGCUUCACUGGGAGUAUUUGAUUACAGAGUUCAUCCUGUCCAUCUCCUUUCUGCCAAGUGAAGCCUUGAUAAGAUAUAGUAACAACAAGUUUAACUUCAACCACCUUAGGAAAAUUGAAUAUUUGUCAAAAUAAUAUAGAAAUGUUAACGAAUUAAGUACCUAUUUUAUCAAAAUAGAGUGAACAAGGAAUACAAGAGGAACAAAUUAAUUUGCAAACUAAGCUCAAAACUGUAGAGCAUAACUAAUAUAAAUCAAUGAGGUUUGGCUCAGUAAUUUUACCUAUGACAGUUUUUUAAACUAGCCAUUUCAGUUCAUUUCUUAGAAUUAAAAAGAUUUGCUAAACAGCAUUGUUCACUUACUUAACAGCAUUGUUUUACUUAACAUCACAAGUAACAAACCAAUGAGGUUCAAGAAUUAAGAAAAAAAAGUAAAAUUGUAAUGCUUCGAACUUCAACUAGUCAGCUGUUAAGACCAAUUUAAUUUUUAAGGAGUGGUGCAAGUAGUGUUUGGUAUAAUGAUUCAUUGCAUCAUUGUCAGUGGCAAUUAACCUCUCUUAGAAGUUAUGAGUACCUAGUGAUUGUUAGUAAUUGAAAAACUGUUGUAGGUAAAGAAGUGUACACAACUCGCAUAAAUAUCUUAAUAACACUCUUAGCAGUUUUUAAGGCACUCGCCAAGGUUCGUACCUUAAAUUUAUACUUGUUUCAUUAACACUAUCUUUCCGCGAUCACAUAUAAACUGUAUAAAAUGUUCGAGGUUCUUUGAAAAUACCACAGUUUUUGUUCUCAUCCUGUCUUAUAAACAUGUGUAGUACUUGACAGAACCAAAAAAACACAAAAGUAAAACAAUCUGCUCUUGAUUUGUUCAUACAAAAUUGAUGUGAUACAAAUAUGUAUAAUAUUAAAUAACUGUUGUGAAUGUUAUAUUUAUUCUUUGAUAUUUUAGUUGAGGGAAUUAGAGAGGAUUUUUCAUGAUAGAUUCCUGUCAGCAUAAUCUUUUUGAAACUAUUAUACAGUUUAUGUUUGUGCACAAAGCAAUUUUUCUAGAGGUGUAAAAAAAUAAUUUAGCAGAUUUGUGUAUUUCAUUUAGUUUUAUACUUAUAUCAGUUUCAAGUUGAUAAGUCUUUUUUAGUAGGUAGUUGAAAAAUAUUUUCUCAAGUGUAAAGAGUAUUUAACAUUAACACUACUGUAGUGAUAUUCAGAAUAAUUUAA